GAAGACAUCACGGAAAACUCGCCGUACCCGAAUCCCACGCUGAAAUUCAUUCGUGGUUGCAGUGUAGCACGACUACCGACUACCAUGUUUGAUACACCGUUGAAGUCAGGGCCUACUUGACACCCUGGCGAAUUAAGUCGUCGCAAAACCGUAUAAAAUACCGUAUGGGAACAGUAUGCGGGAAAUGGUUGGAGGUUGCUGCGUGUGUUCCGAUGAGCGAGGCUGGGCUGAAAAUCCUCUUGUAUACUGUGAUGGGCACGGGUGCAGCGUCGCUGUGCAUCAGGCGUGCUAUGGCAUCGUCCAGGUGCCCACUGGACCGUGGUUCUGUCGAAAAUGUGAGUCUCAGGAGAGAGCUGCAAGAGUGAGAUGUGAGCUGUGCCCUCACAAAGAUGGCGCCCUCAAGAGGACAGACAGUGGAGGCUGGGCCCACGUGGUGUGUGCGCUCUAUAUUCCCGAGGUGCAGUUUGCCAACGUUCUCACCAUGGAGCCUAUAGUGCUGCAGUACGUCCCUCACGACAGAUACAUCAAGACGUGUUAUAUCUGUGAAGACCACGGGCGAGAGAGCAAGGCUGCCUGUGGAGCCUGCAUGACGUGCAACCGCCAGGGCUGUCGACAAGCCUUCCACGUCACCUGUGCUCAGAUGGCUGGCCUGCUGUGUGAGGAGGAGGGCCCUGAGGCUGACAACGUCAAGUACUGUGGCUACUGCAAGCACCAUUACAGCAAGAUGCAGAAGAAGAUGCGCUCCAGUGGGGAGAACACCGAACGCAGCUCCUUCGGCCACUCUAGGGGGCGCUCCACCUCCCCCUCCCAGGACAAACACGGCUCCCACCACCACAGGCCCAGGAAGAGUCACAAGGACAAGAUGAGGCAAAAGGAGCGGCAUAAAAAGUCAUCUGAUGGUCAGGGGUCCUCACUGUCCAGCAGCAUGGACAAGUUGUCGUCGGGUCACCACGGCAACAAGGACAGCGAGGGGAAUUCGAAGAGGUUGAGCUCUCACAGUCAGCUGGGACAUCGCAGUAAGAAGACAGGAAGCAUUGGCAAGAGCUGCUCCUCUUCCUCUUGCUCCUCCAGUCCCUUCAACACUGGUGGCGGCUCCCAAGACUUCCUCCCGUUCUCCUCUACCUCUCGUUUGGAGUGUGACCCCGACCGAGGAGAGGACGAGCACGGUGCUGAGGAGCACCACGAAGAGCGGACCAGACGGACAGCGCCUGAGGAAGAUGACGAAGAAGAGGAGGAGGAAAGGGAAGAAGAGAAAGAAGAGGAAGAGGAAUUGGACAAUAGUAAAUACCACAACAAGGCCUCCAUGCAGCCCCCGGCCCUGACCCCGGUUGACGGACCUCACGGAGGGUCGUCGCAGGGUCACGAGAGGUCAGAGGGCGAGGCCAGCUCCUUCGAGACCAAGGUCACCAUCUCCACCUUCGGCUCCAUCAUGCGCAUCACUUCCUCCUCGGGUGGGCUAGGCGGCGGCAGCAGCAAGCUCCGCAAAAUCUCCUCCUCCUCUUCCUCGGGGGACUACAAGCCUUCCAAGUCGCUUCUCAAGUCCCCGCACCUAGCCACGCCCCCUAUACUGGAGGAGGCCGACCUAGAGGAAGACAAGGCCACGCCCCCACCACCGCUGCCAACACACCGGGAGAGGAGGCACCGUGGCAACAAGAAGAGCCGGCACGGACCGGGGCGCCCACGGGGGAGCAAGAACCGGGAGCGGACGGAGAGGCGAGAGGAGGAGUACCGUCAGCACCAUCACCACACGGCUCCUGCUCCACCUCCACCCCUAACCUCCUCCACCUUGUCCUCCUCGCUCUUCCCCAGCUCCCCCACCCUCCCCCACACAGCGUACUCCUCCACCCUGCACACCUCCUCCCUCUCCUCCUCCUCCUUCCCCUCCUCCUCCACUUCCUCUAGCGUCAGUUUCUCCACAGGCCGCGGCAAUACGCUGCUCGGCUCCGGAAACUACAUCAGUCACAAGGACCCUCUGUCUUUGAGUAGGGGUGUCUGUAACACCCCUUUGUCUUUGGGAGGAGGGGUGUGCACCACCCCUCUAUCGUUGGGCGGGGGCAUAUGUAGCACCGCUCUCUCUUCAGGACUCCUGCCAUCUCACGUCUCCACACUGUCACUUCAACCAGUCAACUCUGCCCCCAACACACAGGUCCACCCAUGUUCCAGUUCUUCCUACAACCUCAGCUCUUCUCAGCCCUUUGGCAGGAUCCUUUCUACUGCCCCUACACUGCCCUCACUACUCAGCCAAGCCCAGACCUCACUUCCAGAGUCCGAGAUGGACGACUGUCGCUUCCCAUGUCACGACAACUCGCCACGAGAGAGCCUUUCCUCACAGUCUCCUAUGAGCAGUCUGCCCCUGCUGUUUGACCAGAGAGAGGGCGUGGGCACUGGGGUCAGAGGUCGCCCUGAAAACGUCCCUCCAUCCAGCUUCCACAUAGAGCUCCUCCUGGAGAAGCAUGGCAACGGAGAGAUGGGAGCCAACAUUGUAGAGAUGCUCCAGUCCCUCCACUCGCUGCAGCAGGAGAACCAGCGUCUCCAGGACCAGAUCCUCAGCCUGACGGCCAAGAAGGAGCGGCUGCAGCUGCUCAACGUGGAGCUGGCCUGUUCCUUCCCCCUGCAGGUCCACCACUCCCACCACUCCGCCCAGGGCCUAGUGCCCACCCCCACCCACAUCAGCUUCCUCUCCUCCGCACACGACCCCCUCAGCACCAAUAAGAGUCCCCUGUCUAAAAGCUGCUUCCUGAAUGAUACCUCCUUCAUCACCUCAUCCGAGGAGCUCCACUCUGGUAGUCCCUCCCGCAGUAGCUCAUCCCUCUCCUUCCAGAGCACCCCGCCUCCUCAGCAGAGUCCCGCCUCCUUCGGCCAGCCCUUGCUGAACGGGCUGGGUGGGCGGGGAUUGACUGACAGCCUGGGAGGCCUCAAUCAGGCCAGCAGUUCCAUGGUGGGCGGGCUCAUGGCCUCCCUAGCAGGAAGUCCCCAGCUGAACAUGAACGGCGUGCUGGGCAGCCUGAACGGGGUGAUCCAGUCGCCUGUCCAGAACGCCCCCCAGCCCACCCUGCCUGCCCUGCGGCCCCAGCCUCCUCCUUUGGGCCCCCAGACACUGGCACAGGGCCUGCAACUCCCCAAGAGCAUGAGUCCGUCUUCCCUCCUGUCUGAGCAGCAGAAGCAGCUCCUUCUCCAGCAGCACUUCACUCCAGAGCAGCAGGUGGUGGUCUAUCAGAUGUUGCAACAGCAGCGGCAGAGGGAGCUACAGCGCCUCACGCUGACCGGGGCCCUCACCUCCACCCCCACUGCCCAGUCCCCCAACCUGGGGGCCUCGCCCCUGCAGGGUGGCCAGGGAAACGCCCUCUUCGGCCUGCAGGAGAAUGCACUUCACAAGCCCGGGGGGAUGGGAGAGAAGGGCGGAGACAAGAAUGGCUGACAUGUCUUCUUCAUGUCUGAACUGUUGCAGCUAUAACAGCAGCUAUAACAGGUGGGAAGGAAGGUAAUUGAGCUGUUCCAUCAGAAACUAAUGUCACCUUUAAUCUCCAUCUGAAAGACUCUUGAACUCUCUGUCUUCUAUCGUCUCUGUCUUUCCCCCUCUUUUAUGAAUGUAUAAUGGAACCGACUUAAACGGUUGUUAUUUUUUAUUUGAGGAAGUUUUUUUCUUCUAGGUCCGUAUGUAUGUGUAGGCAGCUUUCAGAGAGCAUGAAUACAGUGGUCUGUAAUUGAAUUGCACUAAUCUGUUAACAAGACCAAUUGGUUUUGCUCUUGUAGCAGAGCCAGAGACUCUGGUGUCCUGAAGGUAGAUGUGGAGGGUAUCGGGGUCCAGCAUAGAACCCCUAGCCGCUACUCCCAAGGCACUUCCUGAGAUCUGAAAUGAUUAGAUGGGUGUAAACAAUAUGGUGAAUAUUCCACCCAGCCAAUCAGAAGGCAAGGUAAAUCAAUUACCUUAUCAUUUUAAACCUAUCCAAUCCUUUUAGAUCUACCGGAGUGCCUAUGGGUUGGGCUAAGUGUCGACUUGGAAUUUGGGUGUGAGUGUUUUGGGCCAAAGUGUCCUUAGGCCAUAACUUUACUGAAGCACUGACCCUCCACUUCAGCAAUUAUACCCCUAUGGAACCAAUGUAUCCCUCCAAACGUCCUUGUUGAGGACGAACUGUCUGCCACCUCUCUAAACAUCAACUGUCUUCCUCAAGGUCUGAAUUCCUUUCAUUUUCUUCCCUCUCAUAUAUUUUACAACUAUGAUAUUCCUAUUCUAUCCUAUUAAAUGUCACAGCUACAGACUGGCACCAAAUUAUCUGGGGACUGGCAUUGGCAGGGUAGAGUGCCAACUAUGCCUCAGUCCACCCCUGAGAAUUUAUAGAGAUUGUAUGAAGUUCAAUAUGUGUGCCGCUGCCGAGAUUAAUGAAACCAAACCAAACAUUUGAAAAUAGUCAAAGUAAAUAUGUACGAUUAUUAUUUUAAUUUUGUUCAACCCAUGUAUACUUUUCUUCGAAAAUGAACCACCGAUAUAGAACCUAAUAAGGGAUAUUUGGUACUUACUGUUACUAGGCUACAUGGAACUGACAAGUUAGUGAUUGAUUAGUUUGAAUAUUUUGCACUCUAUCCUGAACUGUUAGUGUUUCUGAUUUGUUUCUGUUGUACAUAUUGUUCUUUUGAUGCCCGGAAAACUAGUUGUUCUUUUAGCAAUACUGUAUAGUUGUCAAUGCCUUAAAAUGAUGCUAGAGUUACUGAGGGAAAACAACUCACUCUUAACAGCAAAAAGGCAGGUUCUCUUCUCUUCUCAGUUUUUGUUCUGGUUACAUUUACCAUUAUUUCAGAUUUAGGUGAAAGCACUCUUUUCAAUCUUAUCAUUUAUAAUAUUGAUAGGCAACAGUGAUAUGUCAACAAUUGUAAAAUGAAAAUAUGUUUAUUGAUAAGUCUCAAAUCAUCUGUAAUAGUGUCUUAAGAUGCUGCUCAAUGUUCUAGUUUUUAGAAGAACUGACAAGUAACAUCCCAUGUUAGACGGUAUCACUUUACUUUGUCAUAAGUAAAGUCGCUCUGGAUAAGAGCGUCUGCUAAAUGAUGUAAAUGUAAAUGUAAGAUCUAUAAAAUGCUGUCAUAGUAAUGGCAUAGCGGUCAUGGUGUUUGUGACUAUGUUCUUAUACAACCGUGACUCAAUCCAUUAUUGCUGACUUUAUCUGUUAUGAUAUGACUGCCUAUGACAUCUGUUACGUCAUUCUAAUAACAGCAUAAUGUAUAGUAUGUCUUACGACUGAGAUCAUGAUGUCAAGUUAUAAAUGUUACCAUUCAGAACACAUAGGCAACUCGGGAACUCUGAUAUGUUAUUUUUUUUACUGCAUCUACUUUCUUGUGUGGCACAUAAUAACAAGUCCUUCUGUGCUGGGAUCAAGCUAAUCUGUUAACAUCGGCCAUUCUCCCAGGUCUUUUAACUCGCUGUUAGACUGGAAUAAUAUUUUUCCUUUGUGGUGUUCGUUACUUAUUUAAUAAUUUCCACAUUUAACUAUGGUCAAAGAUCAUUUCCAAAUGUGUAUUAGUUUUCUGUUUGCAACCUCGAUAUUGACCUCCCGUACAUGUGAUAUCGGUAAGUAUUAGAACUGUUCUGUUUUUGUAGAUAGUUGUCAGUGAGGAACUUUCAAGCGACUAUGUUAGUUGGUCAAAUACUGUAGCAACGAGACUAUAGGAGAAUGUUAACGUUGAUAACACAUGAGCGUAUUCCUCCAUAUUGACAGGACUUCUAAAGGAGGUCUGCAGUUGAACAAGUACGUCCUUAUGAGUUGUUGUAUGAUUAAGGUAAAAAUCUAGGAAAGAACAUGUCGAAGAGAUUGUUUUGACUGAAAGAGUACUGCGAAGGAAUCUUGAAGGGGAAUCUUUCCCAUGUUGCACUGGGGCGAUUUGGCCCAAUGAAAUGUAUACCUUUUUUUUAAUGUAUAUAUACUUUUGUUGUUUUUUAUUGUUUGAGUACAAAUUGUAUACUUAAAUGUGUUUGUGUAUAGACACAUUCAUUUUCUAAGCUUUGAAGUUUGGGUAACCAAGAUAAUACAUGUUAUUAUGUACGUAUGUUGUACUGUGUAUCUGUUAUGUAUUACAGCAUAUUUAAGCACCUCUCUCUCAAUGAAGUUUGAUGAAAAUGGAACAAACUUCUUGGGACAUAAAAUGCAUGAAAUGCAUUUAAGUCUCGCAAAUCAGUAGCUAAAUACCAAGUUAGACUACACAUCGUUUUUAAAUGCAUUGUUCUCAAAAAAUGUUUUAUGAAAUUUAAAUUGAGCACUGCAUUUGAGAAAGGACAAGCAUUGUUGUCAAUGUACAUUGUAUUUGUUUGAGAUAAUUAAUCAACAAUGAAUUUGCCAAUAUUCAGAUUUAAUGCCCUGUAAAGUAUUUUGAUAUUUUUGUGUAAAAAUUAAAAAGGAACUAUUAAGACGA